UCAUGUGAUGUCUUAUCGUACAAAAUGGUGUCGAAUGUAAACACCGGUGUUUUCUUCCUCCUUGUAAAGUUAAUGCUAUGUUCUUCACGAAAUCUUCAAGCGACUAUUAAUCCAACAAUAGGAGCACCAUGGCCAAUGCCACAGAAAUAUACACCUACAGGCAACGUGUAUGCGAUAGAUAGAUCAAGUUUUAGGUUCGAAGCGACUGGCGAAACCUGUGAUAUCCUUACCUCAGCGUUUGCAAGAUAUAGACAAAUAAUAUUCGGCACAACUAUUAAAUUUCAACCACAACAUGGGUCAGACAACGGAAACGCGUUGACAACUGCAUCAGUUAAAGUUAAGUCAGAAUGUGAAAAAUUUCCAAGUUUGGAAUCGGACGAAUCUUACGAUCUCGUUGUCAGUGCAUCUGGUAUUUCUAUUAAUGCCAAUGAAGUCUGGGGUGCUCUCAGAGGACUGGAAACAUUUAGUCAACUUAUAGUUAGACGUAGUCUUCAGUAUUUCAUUAAUGGAACAACUAUCACAGACUUUCCUAGAUUUCAGCAUCGUGGAAUGUUGAUAGAUACAUCUAGACAUUUUUUAUCUGUUGACGUCAUCAAGGAACAUAUAGAGGCUAUGGCUCAGAACAAGUUUAAUGUAUUACAUUGGCACAUUGUGGACGACCAAUCUUUUCCUUAUACAAGUGCAGCAUUUCCUGAAAUGAGCCAAAAGGGAUCUUAUCCAGGAUCUGGCCAUAUAUACACAGCUUCUAAUGUUUUGGACAUUAUUGGUUUUGCAAGAAUGAGGGGGAUUCGUGUCAUACCAGAGUUUGAUACUCCAGGACAUACUCAAUCAUGGGGAAAGGGUAUACCAGAUUUAUUGACGAAAUGUUACAGUAAGGGUGUAUUUGAUGGUAACUAUGGACCAGUAGACCCAUCUAAGAAUAGUACUUAUACUUUCUUGGAGACAUUUUUCGGUGACGUAGCAAACACCUUCCCAGAUCAAUAUAUCCAUCUUGGUGGUGAUGAAGUUUCAUUUGGAUGUUGGCAGAGUAACCCAGAUAUAACAACAUUCAUGUCAAAAAUGAGUUUUGGAACAAGUUAUUCAAAACUGGAACAAUAUUACAUGCAGAAUUUGUUAAAUAUCAUUGGUAAAAAGUUAAACAAAGGAUACCUUAUAUGGCAAGAAGUAAUAGACAAUGGAGCUAUGGUACAACCAGAUACAGUUGUAGAGGUUUGGAAGGGUGGAUAUGUAGAAGAACUUGCCAAAAUAACUAAGCUAGGAUAUAAAACAUUGCUAUCAUCUUGUUGGUACUUGAACUACAUAUCAUAUGGUGAUGACUGGAGAAAAUAUUAUGCUUGUGAUCCACAACAAUUUAACGGUACUGAUGAACAGAAGAAAUUAAUUAUUGGUGGUGAAACCUGUAUGUGGGGUGAAUUUGUUGAUGACACCAACUUGAUUGCUAGAUUUUGGCCAAGAGCAGCUGCAGUAGGUGAACGUUUAUGGAGUGAUAUGUCUUUAAAAAAUACAGCCGAGGCAGCGCCAAGGCUUGAAGAACAUAGAUGUAGAAUGGUCAGUCGAGGAUUUGCUGCUGAACCUAUUAAUGGACCCGGAUACUGUCCAGAAGAAUACCCCAUGUUUUAAUCUUUACCAAUCAUGACAAUCAUUUAAUAUCCAAAAAAUCCAAAACUAGAGAUAUAAUUAGGUAGCUACAUCAGCACAUUCCAUUUAUAAUACAGAGUUUCCAUAUCUUGUGUGUAAUGUGUUGCACAAUCUUUCAGGAAUAUAUCUUUAUCUAUACAGUUUUAAUUUAAAUAAUUUAGUCAUAAUACUUAAUUAUUAUUAAAAGUAGUGUUUAUUCAAUGAUAUGUUUGAAUCUUUUAAUUAAAAUUUAUUAAUUAUACAUUUGUACUUUAGGCUAGCAUAAUAUUAAAAAGCAUUUGUUGACAUGUAUUUUUGUUAUAUUUUGUUCUGAAUUGUUAUUUUGUUUUUGUUUAUUGGCACUUUAUUUAUUGUACGAGGACAUGGUCAAAUGAAAAGCACCAGUUCUACAAGCAAUGUCAAAGCAUAUGAUAACAUAAGUCUUUCAUGCAAUUCCAAGGUUGUUUCAACUUAUUUUCCUCAUAACCUUGUUGGAAUAUCUGUAACUAAAAUAACUAUACAGUUGUCUCAUCGGUUCUGAUAGCCAUUGUAUGAAAAUAAGAAUGAAAAUUGUAUCAACUUCAAGAAGAGUGUGAACAGUUCCAUGAAUACGAAAAAUAUCUCCUGCUAUGCAUGAAUCAUCCAAUAUCUCAUUAGAAUGGAGUCAUUUCUAUAACAAGUUCAGUCAGGAUCAUGGCAGAACUGGUUAUAUAGUCGGAUAGAUGACAUAGGAGAUAUGUUUGUUUGAUCUCUUAAGUUAGUAAGGGACGACCAUUUGAUACUUAUUUGAGGCAGAAGGAUGUUGAAAAUAAGUAACCACACAUUGCAAUUGUCAAAUAUCAAAAGCAUUUCAAAGUCAGCUUGAAAAUAUCUAAGCAUACAAAAUGUGGGCAAUACCGGUAGUUGUUCCUGAAAAAUAAAAGUAAAAUAUUUUAAUGCAGCAUUGUCUCCAAAAAAUAAAUACAUUUUCAUUGCAAUGAUUGAAAUUAAGUAUUUCUGUUAAAAAAAACUCCUCCUAACCCCUCCUCGAAAUUAUGAAAAUGGUCGUCCCCAAAUAAACAACCAAUUCAUGAAAAUGCCACAAUGUAAUGUGAUGACAUCGGUAUAAUAAAUACUGCACACUUUUGUCGUUUUGUCCAAAUGCUUUUGUCUGUGUAUGAUGUAAGCAUGCUUAUGUAUAUGCCUUAUGUGUAUUGUAUGUCUUGUCUUUGUUUUUAUACGACCGCAAAAAAAUUUUUGUGGUCGUAUAUUGGUAUGACGUUGGCGUCGUCGUCGUCGUCCGGCGUUGUCGUCGUCGUCGUCGUCCGGCGUCGUCCGAAGACACAUUGGUUUUCGCACUCUAACUUUAGUUUAAGUGAAUGGAUCUUUAUGAAAUUUUACCACAAGGUUCAAUACCACAAAAGGAAGGUUGGGAUUGAUUUUGGGGGUUAUGGUACCAACAGUUAAGGAAUUAGGGGCCAAAAAGGGGCCAAAAAUAAGCAUUUUUGUAACUUCCAGACAUAACUUGUGUGUUAGUGUAUGGAUCUCUCUGACAUUGUACCACAAGGUUCCAUAUCACUAAAGGAAUGCUGGGAUUGAUUUUGGGGGUAAUUGCCUCCAAAUUUUAGGAAUUAGGGGCCAAAAAAGGGGCAAAAAACAAGCAUUUUUCUAGUUUCAUGACAAUAACUUGUGUGUAAGUGUAUGGAUCUUUCUGAAAUUGUACUACAAGGUUCCAUAUCACAAAGGGAAAGCUGGGUUUGAGUUUGGGGGUAAUUGCCCUAAACGUUUAGGAAUUUGGGGCCAAAAAGGGGCCAAAAAUAAGCAUUUUUUUCUAGUUUCCAGACAAUAACUUGUGUUCAAGUGUAUGGAUCUCUCUGAAAUUGUACUGCAAGGUACCAUACCACAAAGGGAAGGCUGGGAUUGAGUUUGGGGGUAAUGAAUCAUAAUGGGGGUUCAAAAAAUUUUGGGGGGGAUUUAUUUUUUUUCCUUUUUUUUCUUUUUUUCCUUUUUUGUUUCUUUUAAAAUUUUCCAUUUUAAGUUGGUUAUUUCUGAUUUAUAUUUAAAAUCAAAUAAUAAUGAUAUGGUAGGAGAUACACACCAAACAGGAUGUGUAAAUUAUUAUAUAAUAAGUAUUGUGCAAUAGCAAGAAAUUUUCAAUUGCACAGUAUUGCACAAUAGCAAGAAAUCUUCAAUUGCACAGUAUUGCGCAAUAGCAAGAAAUCUUCAAUUGCACAGUAUUGCGCAAUAGCAAGAAAUAUCCAAUAGCACAAUAUUGCGCAAUAGCAAGAAAUUGUCAAUUGUACAGUAUUGCGCAAUAGCAAGAAAUAUUUAAUAGCACAGGAUUGUGCAAAAGAAGAUACUUCCUAUAAAUUGCUUAUUUCUUGACCAAUUUCAAUGGGGUUUUAUUCUUGAUUUCAUGGGGUUCUUUAAUAUGCUGAAUCUAACCGUGUAUUUAGUUUUUGGAUUUUGGGCCCUGUUUUUAAAUUGGUCCACAUUGAGGUCCAAAGGGUCCAAAAUUAAACUUUGUUUGAUUUCAUCAAAAAUUGAAUUAUUGGGGUUCUUUGAUAUGCCGAAUCUAACUGUGUAUUUAGAUUCUUAAAUUUUGGUUCCGUUUUCAAAUUGGUCUACAUUAAGGUCCAAAGGGUCCAAAAUUAAACUUAGUUUGAUUUUAACAAAAAUUGAAUUCAUAGGGUUCUUUGAUAUGCUGAAUCUAAACAUGUAUUUAGAUUUUUGAUUAUGGGCCCAGUUUUCAAGUUGGUCCAAAUCGGGGUCCAAAAUUAAACUUUGUUUGAUUUCAACAAAAAUUGAAUAUAUGGGGUUCUUUGAUAUGCUGAAUCUAACCAUGUAUUUAGAUUUUUGAUUUUUUGGGCCCCGUUAUCAACUUUGUCCACAUUGAGGUCAAAAGGGUCCAAAAUUAAACUUUGUUUGAUUUCAUCAAAAAUUGAAUUAUUGGGGUUCUUUGAUAUGCCGAAUCUAACCAUGUAUUUAGAUUCUUAAUUUUUGGUUCCGUUUUCAAAUUGGUCUACAUUAAGGUCCAAAGGGUCCAAAAUUAAACUUAGUUUGAUUUUAACAAAAAUUGAAUUCUUAGGGUUCUUUGAUAUGCUGAAUCUAAACAUGUAUUUAGAUUUUUGAUUAUGGGCCCAGUUUUCAAGUUGGUCCAAAUCGGGGUCCAAAAUUAAACUUUGUUUGAUUUCAACAAAAAUUGAAUAUAUGGGGUUCUUUGAUAUGCUGAAUCUAACCAUGUAUUUAGAUUUUUGAUUUUUGGGCCCCGUUAUCAACUUUGUCCACAUUGAGGUCAAAAGGGUCCAAAAUUAAACUUUGUUUGAUUUCAUCAAAAAUUGAAUUCUUGGGGUUCUUUGAUAUGCUGAAUCUAACCAUGUAUUUAGAUUUUGGAUAUUGGACCAUAAUAGGUGAAUGUCCAAUUUAAAAUUUUUAAGUUCUUAGACCACAUUCAAUCUGUGUUAGAAACCUAUGCUGUGUCAAAUAUUUAAUCACAAUCCAAAUCCAAAGCUGUAUCAAGCUUGAAUGUUGUGUCCAUACUUCCCCCAACUGUUCAGGGUUCGACCUCUGCGGUCGUAUCAAGCUGCGCCCUGCGGAGCAUUUUAUUUAUGUAUUGUUAAUGUUGGUGUAAAAGAUGACAUUAGAUAUUGUUUUGUCUAUGCUUUAACAUGUCCGACUUUAAAUAAAGCUUUUGUAAAGUA